CCCGGGUUUCCCUCUGAGGCAGAGAUGGGCACGUUUCAUUUCCACCCCAGGCUCUGAUGAGCACGCUGGAGAACAAGCCCCUGCGUCAGGGAAGGACGUGCAGAGAGAACUGGGGGUGGCACGGCACGGCUCAACACGGCACGGCAGGCCUUGGCACAGCUCAGCACGGCACAGAACGGCACGGCACAGCACAACACGGCUCGGCUCAGCCAGGGGACCCGCCAGCUCACCAUGGCUCCGGGCACCUUGAAGACAACGUGGGGCAGCAUGGAUGUAGCACUGAUGAGCCUCUGUGCCAUCUGGCACUGCUGUGGCCCUGUGCUGGUUGGCUGCUGCCAGGUGACCUUCUCCCCAGCAGUGUUAACUCGUCACACAGGCAACUCAGCCACCUUCUUCUGCAAUAUCUCCAACGAGAAUGAUUGUAGCUCAGAGUAUAGCCUCAAUUUGUACAAGGAGACCAACCACAGCCAAGCCCAAAAAAUCGCUGAUAUCAGCCAGAGCAAGCCCCAGACAGAGACAAAGAAGUACCGGCUCAUCAACAAUGCUCCUGCCUUCAAGAUGGAGUUCCUGGACCUCCACCAGAACGACUCAGGCUCCUACUACUGUGGACUGAUCUCCUUCUCUCAACCUAAUAAACUGAUAGAGAGCAACCGGUCCCACCUGGUGGUCACAGCAGCCCCUGAGAAGACAAAUGCCACCGAUGAGCCUGAGAUGGAGGAAGGCAGCCACUCUGACCACAUCAAAGCCGUGGCCCUGGGCAUCCUGCUUCUGGCCGGGGUGGUUGUGCUGCUGAUCUUUGGCUAUCUCACUGUCACGUACAGGAGAGGAGAUGUGCAGAAACCACCAAGUGAAAGCACAUCAGCGAAGGAAGAGAAGCCCCACAUGGUGUUCGUGUCCACUGUGGACUAUGGUGUGCUGGAGUUUCAGAGAGACCAACACACCCAGGUGCCUCCUGAGACCUGGCCGGUUGAGCAGACUGAAUAUGCCACCAUCAUCUUCCCAGAGGAGAAACCCGUCACACCAGAGCGGGGGAAGAAGCACCAGGAUGAGAGGACACGGCAGCUGCAGUUGCAGCCCUGCUGAGGGCCGGGGUCCCUCUUCACUGGGGCCGUGGGGGCUGGGACAGGCUUCUCUGGCUCCUUGCUCCCACUACAGUUGGGAAAAACCAGCGUGACAGAGGUGCCACAGCUGGAGUUGAUAUCAGACAGUCCUGGCUACAGUGGGGUCAUGGCCAUGGGGAUGAGUACUAUGGGAUGAGGAGGAUCCUCGCUGGCAUCCGUGUGCCACCUCUUCACUCAGGGCAGGGAGGAUGGGCUGGGGCAGAGCAGUGAUGCCAACAGGUCUGUCCCAAAGGCCAUUUACACUGUGCCUCAAUUUUCUACCUCCACCUGGGGCUCUCUAGAGUGGACAAGCUGCUUCCCUUGCCCAGGUCUGGCCCAACUAGCAAAGCACAACUGUGGGAGGACAUACUAGAGGCCAGAGCUGGAGUGGAUCCUGGGAGAUGCUGCUGGUGAGAGCCAGGGCCUGAAGACUUUUCAGGGCACUUCUCAGAGACUGCCUUGUGUGCUACUAUUUAAAGAAACCUCUAGGGUGCAGGCGGCUGGUUUUCCUCCUGUCUCCUGGCUCUUUCCUCCUCUGCAAGAGGGGAGAUCUGCUCCCAUGUGUCUCCCUCCACAGGUGAGAGACAGAUCUGUCCCAGGCGGGGUGAAUAA